CUUCGCCCCGCGGUGCCGACGAAACAACACUUGCCUCCACGACGUGUAGUCGACUCCGCUUGGAGAAAGCCCAGAGAAUCGUGAAUUCUCUUUUCCCUCCUCCUUCAUGGUCGAGCGUCUUCUGCUUCUCUGUUCACUGGGAAUUCAAGGGUCUGACAGCACGGGCAGGUCUUCUCUCCGGGAAAGUCGUCUACCUCCGGUAACUGAAGCCCGCUGAGCAUUGUAUUGUUUUUCAUUAUGAAGUGAUUUGAAGAUAACAAAGAUAGGAAGAUAAACUGCUAAUGAUAAUACUCUACGUGGAUGAAAAUUCUAUAUGUAUAGCCCUCCAUCCUCUUGUCAUUGCCAACAUGGACCAGUUUGGAUUUCAAGUCACCGAAGCACCAGAGUCAAAGCCUUCAGCUGGGGAGUCUCCAGUUACCCUUUUGAUUAAGCACCUUCCUGAAGCUAUAUCUCAUGAAACCCUUUCUCGACUCUUAUCCCAUUUUGGUGCUUCCUCUAUUCGUCCUUGCUCUAGUGGAAGGUUGAGAAACUGUGCUUUUGUAGAUUUUAAAAAUGAUAUGCUAGCUUCUCAAGCACAUCGUCAACUAAAUGGGUUGAGAUUUCUCAGUAAAGUCUUGUCAGUAGAGAGAGCUAGUAACCCAAUUGAGAACAGCAAAAAAAGCAGUGGAUCUCAGCUGGGGAAGGAUUCUAAAUCAUCAGUGGUGAAAAAUGCUACUGUCAGCAAAUCUCUUAAUGAUAAUUCUAAAUCAGGAGCCCCUCCUUCUGAACCAAUUGCUGCAAGACUGGGUGUUGACUACCCAUUUCCUCCUCACCUUGAGUAUGCCUACCCACCACCUGAUGGGAAUAUACUGACAAACAUUGUAAAUGCACUCAUUGCUGUUCCCCGCUUUUACACUCAGGUGCUACACCUAAUGAACAAAAUGAAUAUUCCGGCUCCAUUUCGUAUGGCACUGCCCACUCCACCUUUACCUGCACAAGUACCAGCGCCUCCACCUCCACCACCUCCUCCCCCAUCUAUAACCAUGAAACCUCAAACUGCGGAUCUCUCUAGCAGUGAAUCGGAGAUGGAAUCUUCAGAUGAUGAGGUUGAUGGGAAAAUGGGUUCUAUUGGUCUGGCAAGAGCGGCAAAGUCUGGACAAAAGCGUGCUAGACAUGAAACCAUUAUUGGCCCUGCCAUUGAUAAAGAUGUGGCUCAUGAAGCUGUUGGAGUAAAACCAGCCACGUUGGUUCCUAAAGAAAUUCCAAUGAUUAAAAAGAGGAACCCUGUCUUACAGAUUAAAAUUGCUCCUAAAGCAAUUCAAAGUGAACAUAAAGAUGACAACACAACGGAAGAGUUAAUGGAGCCAGAAAAAGAGACUUUAGGCCCCAAAGAGUUUCUGACUCCGGAAGAAUUAAAGAGUGGAAAAUUACCUCCAGAGGAAAUUUUAUCUCUUCCAAUGUUUAAGAACUAUACGGCUGGAAAUCCAGCUCCUGUGUUGUAUAUAAAAAAUUUGGCCAAAGAUGCGAUUGCUGAUGAUUUCUAUUUCAUAUUUGGGUCCUUGUUCGGAAGUACUGAGGCUGCAAGGUCUACUCUUCAGGUCAAGCUUAUGCAGGAAGGAAGGAUGAGAGGUCAAGCAUUUUUAACAUUCCCAUCUAUUGAAUUGGCUCAGCAUGCUUUGAAUUUAGUGAAUGGGUAUGUAUUCAAAGGAAAGCCAAUGAUCAUUCAGUUUGGUCGCAAUACUGCCGCCGCCAAAGGAACAUAAAUCCGUGGCCAAUAAGAGUAAAGACUGCUGCAUGACGGUCAGUUGCUUGACGCUUAGUAUUGGUAGCAU